AUGAUUUGUGAUGAAACUGUUGUUGGAGAGUUCAUUGUAAGAACUAUAUUACACUAUAGAUGUUUGAAUUGUUUAAAUAAAAGAUGGAGUUCCUAUGAUAACGUUUCGUUGUGUAGUUUAUGUAAGGAAGAAGGAACUCUUGUUGAGUCUGGCAAAAGAAUGUCGAAAAGUGCAAGAUACAGAAGAAACCUAAAAUUGAGAAAGCAAGGAUUACUUGAUGGAAAUGGAGUUCCAACACCCAAGCCAAAGAAUCCACCAAAGCCAAAGAAAGAACCUGUGAUUCCAUCCUAUAUCUAUGUAUGCGUUCAUUGCGAUGAAAACAAGAAAUGGAAAGAUCAAAAAGAGUCAUCAAAGUGCGACAAUUGUUAUAGGGAAGCAUUGAAGGAAGGAAUUGGUAAAUUCAAGUGUGAAUGUGGUCAUUCUUUCAAUGGUUACAUUCGUCAGGGAGUUGGAUCAAUGUGCUAUAAAUGCAGUAACAUUGUGAUGCCAGAGACAAUCAUUCCUACCAGACCUAUGAAUAGAAGACGUAAAUCGAAAAAGACUCAUAGCUGUCAGGUUUGUAAUGGUCACUCUCCAUGUCCUCUCAAAGCAAGCAUUGGAACCAAAGCUGUUGAAAAAGGGGAAAACAAGAAAUCAAAGAAGAAGAAGAAAUAG